GGCGCGCCGAGUCCUCUGACGGCCCCAGCCAGGGAAUUUCAAUUUGAAACCUAGCGGAGGGAGGAGGCUGGCGCGCUGGCCCGCGGCUGGCUGGGACUGACGCGGGACGGGUCCCCCAGGCCGGCUUUUUCCUUUGGUGAUAAACAUUUUUAUACUUUUGAGCCAUUUCUUUCAAGACCCUGAUCCUGUGAAAGGCAGCAACGCUGUUUCAUUCCCAGUGAUUAGCACGUGAUAAAGCAUUCUGUAGAUGUUCAUGGAAAGAAUGAAAACUAGCAAAUGAAUCAGAAGUUUUAAUGAAGUUCAGAUUAUAAAAAUUUUUGCUUCCUUUGGAAUCAAUGAAUACAUUAGCUGAUUUUUUUUCAGGAUCUUCUGAACCACUAAUAGCAAUUAUAAGCCGUGACCAUGACUACUGAAGUUGGCUCUGCAUCUGAAGUGAAGAAGGACUCUGACCAGUUGGGAGCAGAUGUGACCAAGGAGAAAGCUAAACAAGUAGCAGAAAAUCAGCAGCAUCAGUCAUCUGAACCAGAGGAGGAAAAAGGUUCCCAGCCACCACCACCUGCUGAAAGCCAAAGCAGUCCACACCGCCAGAAGAGAGAGAAGGAUACAUCUGAGAGCAGGGGUAUUUCCCGAUUUAUACCCCCAUGGCUCAAGAAACAGAAGUCUUAUAAUUUGGUAGUGGCCAAAGAUGGAGGAGAUAAAAAAGAGCCAACUGAAGCUGUUGUGGAAGAACAGAUUUUAGAUAAAGAGGUUUCCCUUCCAGAAGAAGAGAGACAGGCCAAAGGGGAUGCUGAAGAAACUGCUCAGAGUAAACACCAGGAGGUUAAGGUGGAAGUCAAGGAAGGAAAACCUUCAGUGAGCAAAGCUGAGACCCAGCCUGCUGAAGAAGUCAGGGAGGAAAGAGAAGAGGUGAAGGAAAUACAGGAAGAUGAAGUGGCAGCACCAAGGGAGACCAAGGAAGUGCAAACUAAUGAACUGAAAGCAGAGAAGACUUCUCAGAAAGCCACCAAGAAGACCAAAACUGUCCAGUGUAAAGUGACCCUCCUAGAUGGCACUGAAUACAGCUGUGACCUGGAGAAACGUGCUAAGGGACAGGUGUUAAUUGACAAGGUAUGCGAACACCUCAAUCUUUUGGAGAAGGAUUACUUUGGACUUUUGUUUCAGGAAAACACAGAGCAGAAAAACUGGCUAGAUCCUGCAAAAGAAAUAAAGAGACAACUUCGAAAUCUUCCUUGGCUGUUUACUUUUAAUGUGAAAUUUUAUCCUCCUGAUCCUUCUCAGUUGACUGAAGAUAUUACCAGAUACUUUUUGUGCCUUCAGCUUCGAAAAGACAUUGCCUCUGGCCGCCUGCCCUGCUCAUUUGUGACUCAUGCCCUCCUGGGCUCCUACACAUUACAGGCUGAGCUUGGAGACUAUGACCCAGAAGAGCACAGCAGUAUUGACCUCAGUGACUUCCAGUUUGCCCCUACACAGACUAAGGAACUGGAAGAGAAGGUGGCAGAGCUGCAUAAAACUCACAGGGGCUUAUCUCCAGCACAAGCUGAUUCUCAGUUCUUAGAAAAUGCAAAGAGGCUUUCCAUGUAUGGCGUUGAUCUACAUCAUGCCAAGGACUCAGAAGGCGUGGACAUCAAGCUAGGUGUGUGCGCUAAUGGGCUCCUCAUUUAUAAAGAUAGACUGAGAAUCAAUCGUUUUGCUUGGCCGAAGAUCCUAAAAAUUUCUUAUAAGCGCAGUAACUUCUACAUUAAAGUUAGGCCAGCAGAGCUGGAGCAGUUUGAGAGCACCAUUGGGUUCAAACUGCCAAACCAUCGGGCAGCAAAGAGGCUAUGGAAAGUGUGUGUGGAGCAUCAUACUUUCUACAGGCUUGUGUCUCCAGAGCAGCCACCAAAGGCCAAGUUCCUGACCUUGGGGUCCAAAUUCCGCUACAGUGGCCGUACACAAGCGCAGACCCGCCAGGCAAGCAUCCUCAUAGACAGACCAGCGCCACACUUUGAUCGCACCUCUAGUAAACGGGUCUCUAGGAGUCUAGAUGGAGCUCCAAUUGGUGUUGUGGACCAAAGUCUUAUAAAGGAUUUUCCUGGACCUGCUGGGGGGAUUUCAGCAUAUGGCCCAGGAGUUGUCAGCACUGCCAUGGUACAAGAUAGGGACAGCCGGAGGGAUGUCAGAAGCCCAUCUAAAGCCCCACAUUUGCAACUCAUUGAAGGAAAGAAAAAUUCCUUGAGAGUAGAAGGGGAUAAUAUUUAUGUCAGACAUAGCAAUUUAAUGUUGGAGGACCUGGAUAAGGCCCAGGAGGACAUACUGAAACAUCAGGCUAGCAUUAGUGAACUCAAGCGCAAUUUUAUGGAAUCCACACCUGAGCCGCGCCCUAAUGAAUGGGAAAAACGACGUAUCACACCUCUGUCCCUACAGACACAAGGGAGAAAAGCAGACCAUCUUUUCAAGGAUAUUUUGUCCAUGAAGGAGAAGUACCUGACGGCAGCAACACGGACAGUUGAAGAUAAAGCCCAGGAGGCGGACAAGAGCCUAGAAGAGGAGAUAACAUCAAUUUUGUUUAGUGGAAAGGGCUUUUCUGAUAGCAUGAAAGCCACCUUCCUUUCAGCCAACACUUGGACAGCAGAGGGCGCUCUUGUGAACCCUAAUGCACCUCCUAGAGAAAAGCUUUCCUCCUCGCCCUUCUCACACUUGCCAGAGACACGUGCUCCUGCGUCAGAAGGGCCUUGCACUGGAGCCAGGGAUGCUGUUAAGAGUUCACAUGAGACUCUGAAUGUAGUGGAGGAGAAGAAGCAGGCAGAGGUUGGGAAAGACGAAAGAGUAAUCACAGAAGAAAUGAAUGGUAAAGAGAUAUCACCUGGGAGUGGUCCUGGGGAGAUUCGUAAGGUGGAGCCUGUGACACAAAAAGACUCCACCUCCCUGUCUUCUGAGAGCAGCAGCAGCAGUGAGAGUGAGGAGGAAGAUGUGGGAGAGUACCGGCCCCACCACCAUGUGACCGAGGGCACCCUAAGGGAAGAGCAGGAGGAGUAUGAAGAAGAGACGGAGGAAGAGCCCAGCGGAGCAGCCAAGGUAGUAGAGAGGGAGGAAGCAGUGCCUGAAGCCAGCCCGGGCAGACAAGCAGGUGCCAGUGUAAUCACAGUAGAAACAGUGGCCCAGGAAAAUGUAGUUGCCCAAAAGAUAUCUGCAGAGAAGAGUAUAAACGAAGGCACGGUUAAGCAAGACAUGGGAGAAGAAACAGAGGAAGAGCAACAUAAAGUUAACGGAGAGGUGUCUCAUGUUGACAUUGAUGUUUUGCCACAAAUUAUUUGUUGUUCAGAGCCACCAGUGGUAAAAACAGAGAUGGUAACAAUUUCUGAUGCCUCACAAAGGACAGAAAUCUCCACCAAGGAAGUCCCUAUUGUCCAAACUGAGACCAAAACCAUCACAUAUGAGUCUCCACAGAUUGAUGGCGGGGCUGGUGGUGAUUCGGGCACGUUAUUGACUGCACAAACCAUCACAUCUGAGUCCGUGUCGACAACGACAACCACACACAUCACCAAGACUGUAAAAGGUGGAAUAUCUGAAACAAGAAUUGAGAAACGCAUUGUGAUCACAGGAGAUGCAGAUAUUGAUCAUGACCAGGCAUUGGCUCAGGCAAUCAGGGAAGCCAAAGAGCAGCACCCUGACAUGUCAGUCACAAGAGUGGUAGUGCACAAAGAAACAGAACUGGCAGAGGAAGGGGAAGAAUGAGAAAGUCAUCUUCUAAACAACAUACAACUUUAUGAACCUAAAGAAUUUGACCAUUCCAAGUCUUAAUGCCACACCACUACUCCAGCAAAUUUGUGCUAUGGCUGGUAACAGUGACCAGAAGCCUGAAGAAUUAAAAUGCCAACACCAAACCUUACCUUAACAGCUCUGGUCUGUACCAUUCUCGCGCAUUUUUAAUAUAUUUUGUUUUAUAACCACUUCUAAAUAUCCUUGGGUUUUUUUUCCCUUUCUUUUUUCUAUUUUUUUUUUAAUUAAGUAGUUUCGUUUUAUUUCCUGUUUACUUUGUGUGCAACUACCUGCUUUUCAUGACUCAUUUGCUUAAAUGACAGUGAACAAAGCCAGCCUGGGCUGCUGGUACGGUGCUGUUCACUUGAACAGGUGCUGUUGUGCGGAAAGGAAACUCUGUGACUAAUUUAGAUAGUGGGUUUUCUUCUUCCAGAUUCUUUCCAUUGAAUUCUUACAGUCAAUAUUUACAAUUUUCAGAUUGCAGUAAAUAUACUGUAUGAGAAAAAUAUUAAUAAGAUUAAAAGCAUUUCUUACAUCUUGGAAAAUUUUCUAAUGUUUGAGAAUUUCACUGGGGAUUUUUUUUAUAUUGAACCCUUUUGACUUUCCAGUCUUGUGACUUUUUACUUUUAGUAAAGAGUCAGAAAAUCUUCAGACUGGAGAAUUAUAAAGUUCACUGACCAUGCACUGUGCUCAGAGAUGCACCCCAGUGCCAGUGCUUCUCAGACACAUUCUCUUCGACAGCAUUCCAGAACAGGAGGGAAGAGAAGAGAAAUCUGUUUCUUCCCUUCUACUAAAAAAUUCAGGCAGCUUAAAACCUUAGUGCUUUCUUUUUUAACAUUUCCAAAUUUCAAUACUUUCCAUUAUUUGAACACUUGGAUAGAACACUUGCUUUGUAUUAAACCUCCUUGUCUAUGUGUAAAACUGACCUUUUGUUAUUGAGCAAAUCUCUUUCAGAUAGUUUGAUGAUUCACACAGGUUUGAGGAUGCUGAGAGAAGGGUAGGGGACUAUGGUGGUUUGCGUUGGUUAUAAGAAAGCUAUACCAUUUAAAGGUGACACCAGAGACCUGAUAGGGACUUAUUAACUGUAUUGAAAAUUUCUUCCUUUGCUUUUUGACCCUAUGUAUAGUUAUGAUGCCAGAUUAGAUUUAUAGCAGCUUCAAGUUGUAUUAAAUGAUAUUUUGCUUUCUGUAAUACUGUUAUAAAAUAAAGUUUUGUUUAUUCUCUAAA